AAAGGCAAGGCCAAGGAUACCGACGCCAGCGACAGCGGCAAAGGUAGCAAGGGCUUGAAGCCAGCCACUUCGAUCAACGUCCGGCAUAUCCUGUGCGAGAAAUUCUCCAAGAAAGAAGAAGCCGUCGAGAAGCUUCGGAACGGUGCCAAAUUCGACGAGGUGGCGAGAGAGUUUUCGGAAGACAAAGCCAGGCAGGGAGGUUCUCUUGGCUGGAAGGUUCGUGGCAGUUUAGACUCGACGUUCGAAAAGGCCGCGUACGAGCUGGAGCCCAGCACGACAGCGAGUCCCAAGUAUGUCGAGGUGAAGACAGGGUUCGGAUACCAUAUUAUCAUGGUGGAGGGGCGGAAGUAG